AUGUUGUGUGAUGUAAUUUCCUCCAAGCUCUGCAGUUUUAAAAAAAAAAAGAAAAGAAAAAGAAAAGCCUAGAAGAUUAGCAUUAGAAUAGCAACUGUCUUUUGAGAGAGAAAUUUGAAUUUGAACACAUCAAAUCGCUGUUCAUUUGAACAAAAACAAAUCUCAAAGGAAGAGACAGUAGUAGUCAUGGACCUAGAACAACAUGGUGAACAAAAGACCAAUAGCAGCUCUAGUGAGAAGGAACUGGACAGAGAUAAAGAUAUUUUAGUUGAUAAAGACCAGAAAACCAAAGAGAGAGCCCAAAACCGCAGAGUUGUUUUGAUUGUAGCAUGCUUGGGCUUCAAAUGUAUAUUUCUUUUAGCUGCCAUUGUAGUACUGCAUAUCAAACUCAUGGCAGAUAAAGAUAUAGAAGUUACACAGAUGUUACAGUCCAAUUCAAGAUGUCAAACUGAGAAAGACCAGCUACAGCACACCAUCAGCUCUCUGAGUGAGAAGAACCAGAAGAAAAGAGUCAACGAUCCCACUUUUGAAAUAAGCCAGUUACUGAGGAAUUUGGACUCUUUCAAGCAGAAGAAUCAGGAGUUGGAGAAAAGAGUCGAUCAGCUUUCUUCUGAAAAAAGCCAGUUACAGAGAAAAUAUGACUCUUUGAAUCAGAUGAAAUUGGAGCUCAAAAAAACAGUCAACAAUCUCACUUCUGAAUACAGCCAGUUACAAAGAAGUUUUGAAUCCUUGAGUCAGAAGAAUCAGGAGUCGGAAAAAAAAAUCAAUAAUUUUACUCUUGAGAAAAUCCAGUUACAAAAAGAUAUGGACUCCUUCAAUCAGAAGAAUCAGGAAUUGGAGGAAAAAAACAAUCAGUUACAAAGAAGUUUUGAAACUUUGAGUCAGAAGAAUCAGGAGUUGGAGAAAAGAGACAACAAUCUCACUUCUGAAAAAAGCCUGUUACAGAGAAAAUAUGACUCUUUGAAUCAGACAAAACUGGAGCUGGAAACAACCGUCAAUAAUCUCACUUCGGAAAAAAGUCAGUUACAAAGAAGUUUUGAAUCCUUGAGUCAGAAGAAUCAGGAGUCGGAGAAAAGAGUCAAUGAUCUCUCUUCUAAGAAAAGCCAGUUACAGAAAAAUAUGGACUCUUUCAAGCAGAAGAAUCAGGAGUUGGAGAAAAGAGUCGAUCAGCUCUCUUCUGAAAAAAGCCAGUUACAGAGAAAAUAUGAUUCUUUGAAUCAGAUGAAAAUGGAGCUGGAAAAAACAGUCAACAAUCUCACUUCUGAAUACAGCCAGUUACAAAGAGGUUUUGAAACCUUGAGUCAGAAGAAUCAGGAGUCGGAGAAAACAGUCAAUAAACUUACUUCUGAGAAGAGCCAGUUACAGAAAAAUGUGGACUCUUUCAAGCAGAAGAAUCAGGAGUUGGAGAAAAGAGUCAAUGAUCACUCUUCUGAAAAAGGCCAGUUGAAGGGAAGUUUUGACUCUUUGAAUCAGACAAAACUUGGGCUGGAAAUGCAAGUCAACAAUCUAACUUCUGAAUACAGCCAAUUAAAAAGAAGUUUUGAAUCCUUGAGUAAGAAGAAUCAGGAGUCAGAGAAAAGAGUCCAUAAUCUUACUUCUGAAUGCAGCCAGUUACAAAAACGUUUUGAAUCCUUGAGUCAGAAGAAUCUGGAGUCUGAGAAAACAGUCAAUAAACUUACUUCUGAGAAAAGCCAGUUACAGAAAAAUGUGGACUCUUUCAAGCAGAAGAAUCAGGAGUUGGAGAAAAAAGUCAAUGAUAUCUCUUCUGAAAAAAGCCAGUUACAGAGAAGUUUUGACUCUUUGAGUCAAAAGAAUCUGGAGUUAAUGACUGAACUAAGAAAGUUUUUUAAGAAAGGUUUGUAG